CAAAAUUGAAACAGUCGAUAGCUGCAGUGAAAUUCAGAUGCAUCUUAGGUAAAAUUAUUAUUCAACGACCGAAUCUCCAUUGAUAAUCUCCCAAUUUCAGCAGUAGUUUCAGCAAAAAAUUCAUUCACGAUGUCAGAGGAAAGCGUGGAUACAACCCAAGAUUUAGGGUUCUAUGAAGGAGAAAGACAAAGAGGUCUCCGUCAUGGCUUCGGGAUGUAUGUUUUUCCAUCCGGAGCGCGGUACACUGGAUACUGGAGGAAAGGACUUAGACAUGGCAUUGGAACAUUCAUAUACCCUGAUGGCAGUCGUUACGAAGGAGCGUGGUGGGAGAAUAAGAAACACGGUCAUGGAAGAUACACAUAUUCCAAUGGAGAUAUGUACGACGGUAUGUGGUGCUUGGACAAGAAGCAAGGUUAUGGCUUAUAUUGCGAUGAAGCAAACCGCUUUUAUUACAAAGGUUACUUCGCUGAUGGAACUCUAAAUGGUCCUGUUCAAGUGCUGAUGAACAAUAUCUAUUUCUUUGGAAACUUCAUCGAUGGAAAACCUUCUGGACAAGGAAAUUAUUCUCUGCCAAAUGGUCUUCUUAUAAGAGGAGAGUUCAAGUUAUAUGGCCCCAAAAAGAUCCCUCUAUGGGUGACUAAGAGCGUAAGUCCCGCUUUUCUCACAGGAACAAAAUGA